GUACAGAGUUCGCCCACAGCACUCCAGGUGCUACUCCAGCUGAAUUUCAGCGAUGGCGUUCUCUCUCUCACCACUCGAACAGGAUCUCUUGUGUCCUGUGUGUAUUUGCAUCUUUUCCAACCCAGUGGUUCUGUCCUGUGGUCACAGUUUCUGUAGAACAUGUUUACAGCAGAGCUGGACAAAGACUUUAGGAAGAGUGUGUCCUGUCUGCUGGAGACGGUCUUCUAAAGAUCAUCCUCCUCCUGAUCUGGCUCUGAGGAACGCCUGUGAGACCUACAUACAACAGAAGAGAAGCAGUGAUUCAGGUUCUCAGGGUCUGCUGUGCUCUCUGCACUCUGAGAAGCUCAGUCUGUUCUGUGUGGAUGAUCAGAAGCUGGUGUGUGGACAGUGUGUGUCUCAGGAUCACCAGAGUCACAGUUUCUGCUCCGUCAGCAAAGCUGCUGGUGUACACAAGGAAAAGAUACAGACUCGUCUAACAGACUUGAAAAAGAAGCUUCAGAUUUUCCAAAAAAUUAAAGACAUCAGUGACCAUGCGGCUGCACACAUCAAGUCUCAGGCCCAAAACACAGAGAGGCAGAUAAAAAAGGAGUUUGUAAAUCUUCACCAGUUCCUCAUUAGGGAGGAGGAGGCCAGGAUUGCUGCACUGAGAAAGGAGGAGAAGGAGAAGAGCCAGAGAAUGAAGAAGAAGAUUGAAGAACUGGGCAGUCAGAUAAAAGAUAUCAGUGCUAGAAUUGCAGAAUCAGAGGAGAAGCUAAAGGAUGAUGCUCUGGUUCUGCAGGACAUCCAGAGAAUGUAUGACAGAGCUCAGAACACAGGGCCAAAUCCAAAACUGGAUUCAGGAGCUCUGAUUGAUGUGGCCAAACACCUGGGGAAUCUGAGAUACAGAGUGUUGAGGAGGAUGAAGGACCUCUGUCCAUACUUUCCAGUGAUUCUGGAUCCGAACACUGCAAACCCCUCCCUCAGUCUAUCAGCAGAUCUGAGCAGCAUCUCUCACUCUACUGAAAACCCUCAACUUCCAGACAAUCCAGAGAGGAUGAGUGGGUAUAAUGGAGUUCUGGGUUCUGAAUGGUUCUCCUCAGGAACUCACAGCUGGGAGGUGGAGGUUGGAGAUGGUGAAGAGUGGGUUAUAGGAGUGGCUGAAGAGUCCGUCAUCAGAAAAGAAUACUGUGUGGCAGUCCAAGAGAACGGCUUCUAUUGUAUAGGCAGGAAAAACAAUGUGAUUGCUGUUAAUAUGUCUGUGAAUUAUAUUGAAGCAAUUGUGGAGGCACACAUCAUCAAGACAAUCCGAGUGACAUUAAAUCGGGAGACAGGUCAGGUGAUUUUUCUUCUCAAAAGAUAAUAACACAGUCUUACACACCUUCAAACACAGAUUCACAAAGAAAAUGUAUCCAUACUUUUAUUAUGACAGCACAAAC